GCUGCUCUAUAUUCAUUUUGGAGGCGAAAGAUACCUAAGCCAAACCUGGGUGGAAGAGGGACAAACCCGGGUUUUAGGACCCUUGUAUGGAGGUACCAGCACUUUCAAGCUUCUUUAGUUUCCUGUCUUGACAAAACAGGAAAUACCUCAAUGAAUGGUUAACUCCCCGCCAAACUCAAGUCCUUUCCAUUUUGGUUCUCCUAAACCCUUAUGUGGAUGUCUGUAAACCCGGCUAUACUUUCGGCUUGUAAAAACAGUCCGUUUCCCGAGGAGCCAGACGCAGGACGACAGAGCAAGGGGCGAGCAAGGGCAACUCUUCACGUUGCAGCGUCCGCGCCACGUUACCCAGAAUCUGAAUCCAUCAUGAUGGCCCCCAUUUGUCUAGUGGAAAACCAGAAAGAGCAGCUGACAGUAAAUUCAAAGGCAUUACAGAUUCUUGACAAGAUUUCACAGCCUGUGGUGGUGGUGGCCAUUGCAGGGAUAUACCGUACAGGAAAAUCCUGUCUCAUGAAUCGUCUUGCAGGAAAGAACCACGGCUUCCCUCUGGGAUCCACUGUGCGGUCUGAAACCAAGGGCAUCUGGAUGUGGUGUGUGCCCCACCCUUCCAAGCCAGACCACACCCUGGUCCUUCUGGACACUGAGGGCCUGGGCGAUGUGGAAAAGGGUAACCCAAAGAAUGACUCGUGGAUCUUUACCCUGGCUGUGCUUCUAAGCAGCUGCUUUGUCUACAACAGCAUGAGCACCAUCAACCACCAGGCUCUGGAGCAGCUGCACUAUGUGACUGAAUUAACAGAGUUAAUCAGGGCAAAAUCCUGCCCCAGGACUGAUGAAGUUGAGGACUCCAGCGAGUUUGUGAGUUUCUUUCCAGACUUUAUUUGGACUGUUCGAGAUUUUACCCUGGAGCUGAAGUUAGAUGGACACCCCAUCACAGAAGACGAGUACCUGGAGAAUGCCUUGAAGCUGAUUCCAGGCACGAAUCCCAAACUUCAAAAUUCUAACAUGUCUAGAGAGUGUAUCAGGCAUUUCUUUCCAAAACGGAAGUGCUUUGUCUUUGACCGGCCUGCAAAUGACAAACGAUAUUUAAUUCAUAUGGACAAGUUGCCAGAAGAAAAUCUGGAACGGCUUUUCCUGAGGCAAUCAGAAAACUUCUGUUCUUAUAUCUUCACCCAUGCAAAGCCCAAGACUCUGAGAGAGGGAAUCAUUGUCACUGGAAACCGUGAGUCUUCUUUGUGGCAAAGCAUGUCUGUGGUCCAGGGGCUGGGGACUCUGGUGGUGACCUAUGUAGACACCAUCCACAGUGGAGCAGUGCCUUGUCUGGAGAACACAGUGACAACUCUGGCCCAGCUUGAGAACUCAGCUGCUGUGCAGAGGGCAGCCGACCACUACAGCCAGCAGAUGGCCCAGAGAGUGAGGUUCCCCACAGACACACUCCAGGAGCUGCUGGAUGUGCACGCGGCCUGUGAGAGGGAAGCAAUUGCAGUCUUCAUGGAGCACUCCUUCAAGGAUGAAAACCAGGAAUUCCAGGGGAAGCUUGUGGACACCAUAGAGAAAAAGAAGGAAGACUUUGUGCUGCAGAAUGAAGAGGCAUCUGUCAAAUAUUGCCAGGCUGAGCUUAAGCGGCUUUCAGAGCACCUGACGGAAAGCAUUUUGAGAGGAAUUUUCUCUGUUCCUGGAGGGCACAAUCUCUACUUAGAAGAAAAGAAACAGGUUGAGCAGAACUAUAAGCUAGUGCCCUGCAAAGGAGUUAAGGCAGACAAGGUCCUCUGGGAUUUCCUGCAGUCACAGGUGGUUAUAGAGGAAUCCAUCCUGAAGUCAGACAGAGCCCUCACUGCUGGAGAGAAGGCCAUAGCAGCGGAGCGGUCCAUGAGGGAGGCAGCUGAGAAGGAACAGGAGUUGUUAAGACAAAAACAGGAGGAGCAGCAGCAAAUAAUGGAGGCUCAACAGAGAAGCUUCCAGGAAAACAUAGCCCAACUAGAGAAGAAGAUGGAGAGGGAAAGGGAAAACCUCCGCAGAGAGCAUGAAAGGAUGCUGGAACACAAGCUGAAGGAACAAGAAGAAAUGUUAAUUGAAGGAUUUGAAAAGAAAUCUGAGGAGUUAAAUAAAGAGAUUAAUCGACUGAAAGAAAAGAUUGAAACAGCCAAAAAUGAAGAACCCUCAGUGUUUUCAAAGAUCUUUGACACAGUUGGCAAUGUGAUGAUUGCAGCUCUACCUGGGGCUGCUAAGCUAUUGGGAGUAGGGAUGAAAUACCUUGGCUCACAGUUUUAAGAGCCUGAAUAUUCCUGGUAAGAAAAUAUAACAUGAGGUUUAUUUUAUUUUAAUAACAUAACACUAUUGAUCAUUUUGUAAGUAUAUGUGUUAUAGAAGUUUCAUGCAAGAAAAGUUUAAAAUUAAAAAGUGAUUAUCAAAGAAUAUCAGGGUCUAACAUCCGCAAAAACAAACUUAAUUUUGAUUGAACUAACAAUUUUUAAAACUGGGAAACAAAGGCCGAGCGCUGUGGCUCAUGCCUGUAAUCCCAGCACUUUGGGAGGCCGAGGCGGGUGGAUCACGAGGUCAAGAGAUCGAGACCAUCCUGGUCAACAUGGUGAAACCCCGUCUCUACUAAAAAUACAAAAAAAAUUAGCUGGGCAUGGUGGCGCAAGCCUUAAUCCCAGCUGCUCAGGGCUGAGGCGGGAGAAUUGCCUGAACCCAGGAGGUGGAAGUUGCUGUGAGCCGAGAUCGCGCCAUUGCACUCCAGCCUGGGUGACAAGAGCAAAACUCCAUCUCAAAACAAAAAACAAAAACAAACAAACAAACAAACAAAAAAACAACUGAAAAACAAGUCAGAAGUAGUGGCAUUAUUGCUAGAAAAGGUUUAAGUAAAGCAAAAAGGCAACCGGUAAGAUUAAGAAGCCAUUAAUAACUUGCAAUUUAUAUUAUAUUUACAGAAAUAAUUUCAGUUAUAAUUAACUCUUGCAAAUUAAUGAGAAGGGAGCAACAAACGCCACAAUUUUUAAAUUUUGUUUUAACUUUUAGAUUCAGGGAUACAUGUGCAGGUUUGUUACAAAGGUAAACUGCAUGUCAUAGAGGUUUGGUGUGCAGACAAUUUUAAAACACAAGUAUUAAGCAUAGUACCCAACAGGGUUUUUUUCUGAUUCUCUCUCUCCUCCCAACCUUCACCCUCAUGUAGAUACCGGCGUCUCCUAUUCUUCUUUUAGAAUUUAUGUGUUCUCUUUGUUUGGCUUCCAUUUAGGAGUGAGAACAUGCAGUAUUUGGGAUUCUGUUACUGUGUUAGUUCACUUAUGAUAAUGACUUCCAUGUUGCUACAAAGGGCAUGAUCUCAUUUUUUAUGGCUGCAUAGUAUUCAAUGGUGUUUGUAUAUACCACAUUUUUGUUAUCCAGCCUACUGUUAAUGGGCAUUUAGGUUGAUUCCAUAUCUUUGCUAUUGUGAAUAGUGCUGGAAUGAACAUACACAUGCAUGUGCCUUUACGGUCCAAUAAUUUAUAUUUCCAUGGGAGUAUACAUUCCUAUGGGAGUAAUGGGAUUGCUGAGUCAAAUGGUAAUUAUAAGUUCUUUGAGGAAUCACCAAGCUGCUUUCCAUAGUGGCUGAACUAAUUUACACUCCCACCAACAGUGUAUAUGUUCCAUUUUCUCUGCAAUCUUACCAUCAUCUGUUAUUUUUUGACUUUUUAAUAAUAGCCAUUCUGACUGGUGUAAGAUGGUAUCACAUUGUGGUUUUUGAUUUGCAUUUCUAUAGAGAUUAGUGAUGUUGAGCAUUUUUAUAUGCUUCUUAAAUGCAUAUAUGUCUUAUUUUGAAAUCUGUCUGUUCAUGUUCUUUGCCCACUUUCUUUUUAAUGGGGUUGUUUUUGCUUGUAAAUUUGUUGAAAUUUCUCAUAGACUCUGGGUAUUAGAUCUUAGUUGGGUGCAUAGUUAGCAAGUAUUUUCUCCCCUUUUAUAGGUUGUUUGUUACUUUGUUGAUAGUUUUGUUUUACUUUCUUUUUGUUUUUUGAAAUAGGGUUGCACUUUACCACCCAGGCUGGAGUACAGUGGCACAAACAUGGUGCAUUGCAGUCUUAAUCUCCCAGGCUCAAGCAGUUCUCUCACCUCAGCCCCCCAAGUUACUAGGUCAACUACAGGUGCUUACCAUCACACAGAGUUAAUUUUUUGUACUUUUUUGUAGAAAUGUGUUUUGCCAUCUUGCCCAAACUGGUCUUGAACUACUGAACUCAAGCAAUCUGCUUGCUUCAGCCUCCAAAAGUACUGGAAUUUAGGCAUGAAGCCACAUGUAGCCAAUAGUUUCUUUUGAUGUGCAGAAGCUCUUUCAUUUAAUUAGAUAUCAUUUGUCAAUUUUUGUUUUUGUUGUAAUUGCUUUUGUUGUCUUCCUCAUGAAAUCUUAGCUAAGUCAUAUGUCCAGAAGGGUAUUUCUUAGGUUAUUUUCCAGAAUUUUUAUAGUUUAAUGUUGUAUAUUUAAGUCUUUAAUGCAUCUUAAGUUGAUUUUUGUAUGUGAUAUAAGCUGGGGGUCCAGUUUCAAAUUCUGCAUAUAGCUAGCCAGUAAUCCCAGCACUAUCUAUUAAAUGGGGAGUUCUUUCCCCAUUGCUUGUUUUUGUCAGCUUUGUCUACGAAUAGAUGGUUGUAGCUUUACAACAUUAUUUCUGGACUUUUGUGUUCCAUUUACCUAUGUGUCUGUUUUUAUACUAAUACCAUGCUGUUUUGGUUACUGUAGCCAUGUAGUAUAGUUUGAGGUUUGGUAACUUGAUGCUUCCCCCUUCGUUCUUUUUAGUUAGGAUUGCUUUGGCUAUUAGGGCUCUUUUAUGGUUCCAUAUGAAUUUUAAGAUAGUUUUUCUCUAAUUAUGUGAAGAAUGUCAUUGGUAGUUUGAUAGGAAUAGCAUUGAACUUUUGUUCAACUCAACAUUUUAGGAAUUUGUUUCAGCUAUCUAGUGCUCAAGACUUGCAGCUCGAAUGAACUCCUUGUAAUUCUACAAGAUAGGCAUAUUCUCUUGACUAUAGGCCUUUUCACAAGGGACACAGACUUCUUUAAACAGUUCUGCUUCCUCAUUCUGUGUCCUUUAUUUACCAAGCUGUGCUCCUAUUCAUGAGCAUGGAAUGUGUUUCUAUUUGCUAGUGACAUCUCUGAUUUCUUUCAGGAGUAUUUUAUAAUUCGCAUUUAGAUAAAUUUCACCUACCUGGUUAGCUGUAUUUUUAGGUAUUUUAUUCUUUUUGUGGCAAUUGUGAAUGGGAUUGCAUUCCUGAUUUGGCUCUUGGCUUGAAUGUUAUUAAUACCAUAUUUUUUAAAUAGACAAAAAUAUGAGAAUAAAAAUGUUUACUUUUGCUGACAAUAAAAAUGUUUCAAAGGAAAA